AUGCGUUCAGUAGCUGAUCAUGAAAAGCCGUUUGGACAAAAGAUCUUUCUGUCGUCUCGGCGCCAACAGCAACAGCAUAAUGGCAGCAGCAAUAGCGACAAUAACAGUUUGAGAGGUAUCCACAUCAAUAUCAGCUCAGAUCCAUUUCAACAUCGUAUACCACCUUACAUUCAAAGACUUUGGCAAGAAAGUAGAUUACGCAAACAUUUAUCUAUAUGGAGACGUCGAUUGACAAAGAGAUAUCAACAAGCAGGCGUGGUAGAGUUGGUGCUCGUGGCCGUGUGCGUAUUUGCAGGAUGCAUUGUGCUAUUAGUCCAUGUCGGUUUCUUUAGUGGCAAAAAGUACCAGGAUUGGCAGCAAGAGCAUUACAAUGAUCCGCUGGACGAAGUGGACUUGCUGGAUAAAGUGUAUCCUGAUGAAGGCAGAUCACAGACAACAGCAGUGGUGCUUUUGAAGAAUCAGAAAGAGCUGGAUGCAACAACUCGGCCCAUUCUGGAGCAAUUGUGUCAAUAUGACAUGUUUUCUAAAUUUAUUGUGUGGAACGAUGAUCCAACAGUGAAUAUGACUCUGGACAUGAUUCAGGCACACGGAUGCACACCCAACAAACUCCAGAUCAUCAAUGCACCUAUUCAGGUGGGUUCGUCCGCAAGAUACCAUGCAUGUCGUCUUUCAAAAACACCGUAUUGCUACUUUCAAGAUAUACCGAGAAAAUCACAGAAACUACGAAGCACCUAUGCCAAUUUCCUACGAUCCCCUUACCUGAUUCACGGUGAAUCUACUGACCAUACAGCCUUUAUCAACUCUCAGUGGCGCUAUUGCUUCUCGAACACAGCUUUACAACUGCAUACUUGCUUCAUCGAUAUUGAAUCUGGCACAUUUGUUGCCAAAGCAAUGGUCUCCAAAUUCCUGCAAAAUUACGAUAAAACGUCAGUCGUCGAUGUAUAUGCCGAUAUGUAUUUUGCGAUGUAUAUAAACCAAGUGCCAUAUCAAUUGGAAGGAAAUGAUAACGAAAUAGCGGCAACAGCAACAGGAAAGGAGUUGACUGAAAAGGAAACAGAGCAUAUGGAUCUAGGGCUGACGAUACUCUACAACGAUUUAGAGGAGGGAGAGGGCAUUGUGCCACUAGAGCCUUAUCUUGAAAGCACGUUUGACCGCAAUGCAAGAGCUUCCUGUAAAGACGAUCGUUGUUUGUUUUUGACAAACAAGCAGCUAUUCCCAAACAUUGACUUAUUUUCUUACAACCCGUCGAUCUAUGUGGACGUUUUGAAGCAGAUGCAUGACGAUUAUAUAGUGGGGAGCUACAAGGAUUAUCGAUACUCGAAUGCUGUGGAUAUGCAAGAAGAGACAUCCUGGAAGUCCAUGCAGAAUAUUCGUGCGGGAGACUAUAUUGGCUUGGACAUGUUGAUGCCUAUGCGUACCUCACUAAUCUAUCGAUUUUUGGUCAAUCAUCCUUACAGCUAUAGAAGUAGCUUGAAUAUUCAGAUUUCGUACGAUGGUCUAUUAUGGAUAAAACUACACCCUGCACCAAGUGUCAAUUGCCAGACUGUAGAUGAUCCAAGAUCGUCAUCGUCAUCAUCAUCAUCAUCAUCAUCAUCAUCAUCAUCAUCAUCAGAGAGUAGCGAGCUAUUAGAGUGCAGAUUUAUUGUCACUGAUACCGGAUACCGCUAUAUUCGUUUAGAGAGUUUAAAGGACCUGGAUUUUCCUUUUGAUGUGUAUGAUUUGUCGUUCAGUGCCAAAGUGAAGAAAGAUGCCAAUGGUCAAAUACUAGAUAUCGCUUUAAAUGAGGAUGGUAUCAUCUUUAUUGAGGAUGAUUUAAAUUAA